CAGGGUAGGAGUGAAAGUGAGAACCACAGUAAAAGCAGACAGCCAGGUCCUGCAAGUUUCCUGUGCAGGAGCAAUGAGUUGCAGCUUUAGCUCAAGAUAGCUGGAGCAAGGGGUAGGAACUCAAUGAUAGAGUCUGUGCUUAGCAAAUGUGAGGUAAAAAGAAAAGCCAGAACAUAAAAUACCACUGACUACACCCCUUGUAUCUUUCUGUGCUGAUACAGGGAGACCAUCUAUAAAUAUAGAUAAUAUAAACUGGGUGACCUUAAAUAAUAUGGGAGCCCUUGCCCCUAGCUUGUCAGCUAUCCUUCAAAGACCACCAUUUUCUUGCUCACAUGUCCAGCUGCCUGCUCUCAUCCUUGCCCAAAGUACACACUGACUUUGUAAGCUCAAGUUACAGACUAGACAGACUAACAGUGCCCAAUGGUGAUAGGACUCCACCCUCCACCUGGGUUUUUGCUGACAUACAGUGAAAAUCUCCUUCCAUCUCCUCUCUACCUUGCAAAACAAGCUUCCUGUUUUGAAUGAGGUCCAGACGGGAACAGCCCCACUUACACCUAUUAACACACUCAGACACACUUCCCUCUCUCUGCAUGUGUACAGCUUUUUGUACCUUGCCAGAUUUCCCCUCGGCUUACAGAUCCUGAAUCAUAACCGAAGAUACCAAACCAGCAGGAAGUCGACAUUUGAUGUAGAGCAGUCUGGGUGAAUCAUGGCUUCUGGUUGAUUUUUUUGCUGUGUUUUGCCAUGAUCACUUUGCUAAACUUUCCACCUCUUUUACAGCAGAAUGGAAGCAAAGAAAGGAAGUUGCCUGACGCAGGAGCCCGAGUGAGACCAACAGACUCGCAGACCCAGCCUACACCAUGAACUUGACUUUAUCUUCUUUGUGUUGAGAGCAAGGACAAGUAAAGUUGCUGGUGAGCAAUGGCUCUCUUUACUCCCUGGAAGUUGUCUUCUCAGAAGCUGGGCUUUUUCCUGGUGACUUUUGGCUUCAUUUGGGGGAUGAUGCUUCUGCAUUUUACCAUCCAGCAGCGAACUCAGCCUGAAAGUAGCUCCAUGCUGCGGGAGCAGAUCCUGGACCUCAGCAAAAGGUACAUCAAGGCACUGGCAGAAGAAAACAGGAAUGUCGUGGAUGGGCCAUAUGCUGGUGUCAUGACAGCUUAUGAUCUGAAGAAAACUCUUGCUGUGUUAUUGGAUAACAUUUUGCAGCGCAUUGGCAAGUUAGAGUCGAAGGUGGAUAAUCUCGUUAUCAAUGGCACAGCAACAAAUGCGACCAACUCGACCACAGCUGUUCCCAGCUUGGUAGCACUUGAGAAAAUUAAUGUAGCAGAUAUCAUUAAUGGAGCUCAAGAGAAAUGUGUAUUGCCUCCUAUGGAUGGCUACCCACACUGUGAGGGGAAGAUUAAGUGGAUGAAAGAUAUGUGGCGUUCAGAUCCCUGCUACGCAGACUACGGAGUGGAUGGCUCCACCUGUUCUUUUUUUAUUUACCUCAGUGAGGUUGAAAAUUGGUGUCCUCAUUUACCUUGGAGAGCAAAAAAUCCCUAUGAAGAAGCUGAUCAUAAUUCAUUGGCAGAAAUUCGGACAGAUUUUAAUAUUCUCUAUAAUAUGAUGAAAAAGCACGAAGAAUUCCGGUGGAUGCGGCUACGGAUCCGGCGAAUGGCUGAUGCAUGGAUCCAGGCAAUCAAGUCCCUGGCAGAAAAGCAAAAUCUUGAAAAGAGAAAGAGGAAGAAAGUUCUUGUUCAUCUGGGACUCCUGACCAAGGAAUCUGGCUUUAAGAUCGCAGAGACAGCAUUCAGUGGUGGCCCUCUUGGUGAAUUAGUUCAGUGGAGUGAUUUAAUUACAUCUCUGUACUUACUGGGCCAUGACAUUAGGAUUUCAGCUUCACUGGCUGAGCUCAAGGAAAUCAUGAAGAAAGUUGUAGGAAACAGAUCUGGUUGCCCGACUGUGGGAGACAGAAUCGUUGAGCUCAUUUAUAUUGAUAUUGUAGGACUCGCUCAAUUCAAGAAAACUCUGGGACCAUCUUGGGUUCAUUACCAGUGUAUGCUCCGAGUCCUUGAUUCCUUUGGUACUGAACCAGAGUUCAAUCAUGCCAAUUAUGCCCAGUCUAAAGGCCACAAGACCCCCUGGGGAAAGUGGAAUCUGAACCCUCAACAGUUCUAUACCAUGUUCCCUCACACACCAGACAACAGCUUUCUGGGGUUUGUGGUCGAGCAGCACCUGAACUCCAGUGACAUUCACCAUAUUAAUGAAAUCAAAAGGCAGAACCAGUCCCUGGUGUAUGGCAAAGUCGAUAGCUUCUGGAAGAAUAAGAAGAUGUACUUGGACAUCAUCCACACAUACAUGGAAGUGCAUGCCACUGUCUAUGGCACCAGCACAAAGAACAUUCCGAGUUACGUGAAAAACCAUGGCAUCCUCAGCGGGAGAGACCUGCAGUUUCUUCUCCGAGAAACCAAGCUGUUUGUGGGGCUUGGGUUUCCUUAUGAGGGCCCAGCUCCCCUGGAGGCCAUUGCAAAUGGAUGUGCUUUUCUGAAUCCCAAGUUCAAUCCACCCAAAAGCAGCAAAAACACAGACUUUUUCAUCGGCAAGCCAACACUGAGAGAGCUGACAUCCCAACAUCCUUAUGCUGAAGUAUUCAUCGGCCGGCCCCACGUCUGGACUGUGGAUCUCAACAACCAGGAGGAAGUGGAGGAUGCAGUGAAAGCGAUUUUAAAUCAGAAGAUCGAACCGUACAUGCCAUAUGAGUUCACAUGCGAGGGGAUGCUGCAGAGAAUCAAUGCUUUCAUUGAAAAGCAGGACUUCUGCCAUGGGCAAGUGAUGUGGCCGCCCCUUAGUGCCCUGCAGGUGAAGCUGGCAGAGCCCCGGCAGUCCUGCAAGCAGGUGUGCCAGGAAAACCAGCUCAUCUGUGAGCCGUCUUUCUUCCAGCACCUCAACAAGGACAAGGACAUGCUGAAGUAUGAGGUGAUCUGCCAAAGCUCAGAGUUAGCCAAGGACAUCCUGGUACCCUCCUUCGACCCCAAGAAGAAACACUGUGUGUUCCAGUCAGACCUCUUGCUCUUCAGCUGUGCAGGCGCCCACCCUAAGCACCAGCGGAUCUGCCCCUGCCGGGACUUCAUCAAGGGCCAAGUGGCCCUCUGUAAAGACUGCCUAUAGCAGCUACCUGAUGGAUGCCACAUGCGUUCUGCUAGGGAAGUCAAAGAUGGUGGCUCUGUUGUUCAGGGCCAGGGUCAGAAGUCAUUCAGGGAUUCUGGCCAGAGCCUGAAAAAAACUCUGAUCCAAGGUAUGGAUUGGGUACUGCUCCCACUGUGGUCAGCAUAUCCCAGUUUUCACCAGAACAAAAUGAGAGCAGGCCAGGAUAUAUUUUCUAUGUUGUGAGGAGCCACUGUAGGGGAUUUGUCCCUGCAACUGCUCCAGGGUAAAAAAAAGAAAACAAGAAAAAAAUAGUCUCAAGAUUCAUUUAAAUUUAAAACAAAACAAGAGGAGGAAUUGAGCUCAUUGGAAAGAACUUUGAAUGGAAACAUUCCUAAACCCAUUAACUUAUUUAUUUGGGAGGGGGGAGGUUGGGAGGGCAAUAAGGGAGGGGGAAAGGGAUUGAUCUCAGUCUCUUCUAUUUCCCACUGAUAAUCAUCCACUUUCACUAUACUAUUACUCUGUCUGCUUGGGGUGGGGCUGUGUGUGGUACUCAAGGCCAGCUGUGAGGACCUAGCUUCUAGAAGCAGGUGGCAGCAGAGCAAAGGAAAAUCUUGCUUUAGAAGCACAGCCAAACAAUCCAGGACAUUUUCAUCGUUUGUGGAGCCUGUGCAUGUUUGGCAGUGGCAGCUAAAGGACCAGGAACUCUGUGGCUGGGGUGAGGGGAGGGACACACUGUGAUUGUCCAGAGCCCCCAGCCAGGGCUGUUUGGAAGUCAGGAGGGGACUCCUUCCCUUUCCUUUUCAUUCCCUUCCUACUCACCCUCACACCUUAGCUCCAUUUUCUUACAAUAUUUCUAGGAAAGAAAUGCAAGACUGGAGUUUUUGUUUGCUAGUCUAUGACAAAUUCACCCUCCUUCACUUUAGGACUUUGUAAUGAGGACCUUUGAACCUGGAGGGCAGCUGUCUAGCCCCCAGAGAGGUGAGCCUGGGACAGGAAUGAAAACAAUCCUUAAGGGUUCGUAGCAUAACUAGAGCUGGGCUCUAGGUGAGUUUGUGUCCCCUCUGAUGUCUGACAGAACUGAAGUCUAGUGAAUGGGACUCACAGUGACCUUAAUAUUCACUGAGAGACCACCAGCAGCCCAAUGUGAAUGCUUUGUGUUGUUCUGACCACUCCCUAAGGUGUGGUGAGUCUAUACGGCUUUUACUUCAGACACUAUUGCUAGGGUUAGGGACAGCAGGUUGGCCCCACCUUCCACAUCCCCAGCCUGUCCACUCUUGCUGAAACCUUGCUUUUGUCCCAUGUGUGUGAGCUGCCCAAAGCCCUAAAGUUCCAUGGCAGCCAGAGUGAGCCCUCUUCUACCUCUUGCUAUGAGCUCUCAGCAUCUUCACCCAGUCCUGGCUGGCCAGAUGGAAUACUUUGGGCUUCACUGCAUGCAUGCAAACUUGGGGUUUCCAGGAUCCUGCCUGCUGGGGAUAGUGGGGAGCCAGCUGAGGCCUUUUCCAGGAAGAGCCUUUAAAUUUGGGAAGUGAGAUCUGCCUGCUUCUUGAUUUCUACCCUGGGGCCUAAAUAGUAGCAACAACACAGCCAGCCGUUUUCUGCUGAGGCUCUCAGAUUGCUGCUCAAUGGGUCUGAAUUGUAUUUCCAGUCCUAGAGAAUAAGGAGGAGCAGCUGGGGCUCUCCACCCACUCAGGGAAAGUACUGAGGAGAGAGGCCUCUGCCUGGGCCCAGUUACAAGGGCCAGUAAAAAUCCAGUUACUGGUGAUGGAGUAUCAAUCACUGGUGAUAGGGAGUAUGUGCACCUUUCUUUGUUUUGCUAGGGCAGUUUCCUACAGUAGGAGGGGAGAGAAGUAGCUUUCUUCCUGUGAGGAAGGACAUUUUCCCAGUGUCUAGGCCUCUUGGCUGCCCCCCAGGGAGUUUGCCUGAGUUCCCAGAUUCUUAGAACAGGUCUGCCCUCUCCUGGGCUCUUCUGGAAGCUCCACAAGCUGAAGGUGACAGUGUAUGCAUUCUACCAGCAGGAGGCACCUCCAAGCCUAGAGAUUUCCCAGCAAGCUAAGUUAACAGAUUUUCAAAACCACAGGAAUUCAGAAAGCAAGAAAAUGAGAAAGUCACAUUAUUCUUCCCUUCAGAAGCUGCAGGAAUCAUUUGCUGACUGUCCCUGAGCCCAAGGUCUCUCCACCUUCCCAUCCCUUCCAUUCCUCUUAAGAUCUUCUAGGCCAGAUACUGCAAAAGAGCACUUUCUUCUAUUUAAAAAUUCCUCUUUUCCAGCUCCAUUAUGAGCUAGAUGGAAGCCCAUUUCCACUGGAGGAAGCAGGGGCUGCCUCUCUUGGGGGCAAACAAACCACACUCCACUUGCCCUGAGCCUUAUCAAUAGGUGAGCCCCAUGUACACUGGCUCCCAGGUAUGGUCAGUGACCCACCAGGGAAAAGUGAGGAGGAAGCUUCAACCUGCCUGCCAUGUGUGUAGAGAAACAAAUAGUGUGGGCCUGGGAGCCUGCCACAGUUUUACCAUUAUUGAUCUUUAAAUCUAAACUCCUAUGUAAAUUGAUAACAAUUCCACAGGGAGAGAAAUCCAAAAUCAGGAUUAAUGUUUUCCUGUGCUAUAUAAUAAUGUCUUGCCUAGUCUUUCAGAUUAUUUUCCCCUUUGUGAUCUUAAGCUUUUUUAAAAAAUUGAGGGGAAAAUGUAUAUCUAAUUUAUGAAUAAAAAGCUUUCCUUUGUAAGGUCAGAAUUUUGCAGAGCAAAAACUCCUGAAAGGAAAAAUACAGACUUCUCUGAAUGUCAGUAAACACCUCAUUUCAUGGAUGCAAGUUGGUUUGCACAUGUGCAAAUAGAGACACCUUUUGCAUUUUUGCUUGGAUUAGGUUUUGGUUACUGCUUGUGAUAAUUUUCUUGUUGUUGCUUAUUUGCUUGUUGGCUGCGUGUUUGGAAAUAUUAGCAACUACUUCUUGGGUGAUAGUUGUUUUCCUGAUGUGCCUUUUCAUUUUCUUUUGGGGUUAGUUUUGAAACUGUGGGUGCUGUUGAAGGCUGACACCAGAACACUCCAAUGUGGAGGCAGGACAGGCUUCUUGGUGACUGCAGACAUUCAGGCAGGGCAUGAGAAAUGUUCCCCAACCUACAGCCUGUGUGCUCACAUUCACCCCUAGAAGGUGAAAGAAAAGCUCUAACUUCCUCUGGACUCGGCCAGGCUUUGGGUCUGUCUGUCUUGACCUUGCUGAGGUGUACCCAAGGAAGAAGCCCACCCCUAGUUGACAAUGGUCCUGAGCUCUUUAGUAACAGUAGCCCAACUGAUUAGCAGCAUAAAGGGGAGAAAAUGUAGAGCCCCUUUCUGUUCCUUAGUGAAUGAAUGUAGAGUCCCAUACAACUCACUGGUCAUACUGUCUUCUGGGUGGUAGAGGAGAAUGAAAUUGUUUAAAGGUGGGUGGGAGAUCUUUAGACCCAACCAAGGUGGUUAGCCUAGAUUGUAUAAUUAUAUACACUGCCACCCUCUCCCACGCCCCCCAAAUUCUUGAUUUAUAAAGAAAAAAGUCUACUUUGUUAACGACAGGCUCUGUUUUAUGUUACUAUCCUAAGCCUGGAUUGUUUUUAUUUAUUUAAAAAUAGUUUAAUUUCUCUAUUGGCUUUAUUUCUUAUCUCACCCAUCCGUCUAAGGAUGCAGGAUAUCUGCAUGUGACUAGACGGGUGGACAUAAAUGUUCAUGCUCCUCCAGGAAGCUGGCAGUUCUGGAAAGCUGAGGGGGGGAAGUUCCUUUCAGUCUUAGCUUCAACAAAAAGUGGGAAGCCAAGUCUUUAUGUAUAGUAAAAGACCAAAUUAGAUGUAUAGUCUUGGAUGCAGGAAAAAAAAAAAAAAGGUUCCCUAGAUUGCCUAGCACUUAGGAUUUUGUGAGGAUUGUGUUUAGCACAGUACCUGGCACAUAGUAAUCCCUAGUAAAUGUUAAAUAUUGUUACUAUUAGCAUUUCAUAAAAUUUGAGAAAGAAAUGAGCUCAUUCCCUGUUGACUCAAAAGUGAUUCCUAAAUGAAAAUAAUAUUCAAAGUUCAUUGAAUGUCGUAGGAAUUACUGGUUUCAAGUGUCCAAGUUCUACCCUACCCUGCUAGUUGAAAUUUUAAUGUAUUUCUGAAUGCAAUGAAUGGUUUGAAAAUAUGCCAGACUUCAGCCUCCAUUGAAACAAGGCUGCAAGAAUUUACUGAAGUUUGAAAGAGUAGAAGUGACCUUUGGCCACAUAUGGCUAUCUUCUGGAACAUUCCAGGGAUUUCUUUGAGGAACUUUUUGAGCUAGAAAAGUUCUUGGGCAGAGUACACCCCUUAAGUUAAUGUUCAUCCUAUUUCUCUGUAAUGCAAUAAUGGAGACUUCUGUUUAAGGGGAAUGAAAUGAUCAAUUGAAGGAAUACAUUCCCCCAGGAAAUCCCUUUGCUGCCCCCUGCUGGCCAGGGAGGCCUCUAACAGGCUGGUUACCUCAUGUUUCCUUUAAAUCCAAGUUGAAUUGUACUAGUACUGGACAUGAUUCACCCCAGAGGGGGCAGCUGAAGUCCUGGGGGAGGGAUCUGAGCCUCUUUCAGAAGAGCUCCCAGAGGCAGCUCAUAGUUGAAUAGUGUUUUCCAAAGUGAUUGAAAUGCCAGUUUGCUCUCUAUUUUGUUGUGGAUUUAGCUUCUUGCUUCCCUGAUAGAUUUAAAGUUUUUAUCUCCAAACCUUGGUCCACACAACUCUGGGUAGAUUUUGAUCAUAGAAUAAGGGGAAAUGUCUAGAGUUCAGUGUGGUGUUUUUUUUUUUCAAAUUCCUUUGGCUUCUCUGCAGUUGAUUAGCACUCUUAUCGCUUUAUGGAUAUAACUGUUGACGUUUACCUUCUUCAGAGCCUCCCUCUGUCCCAGAUUUUGUGGCACCUUGUUCCUUACCCUGCCCUGAAGUAGGGAUGGUGGGCAAGCAGAGAGCAUACUGGUGCUGCAGGUCAGAAUGCGUACUGGGAUCCCAGCACAGUCUGCCAAAGCUGAGAUGGUACAAAGGUGAGUGGCACUUUGCUCACUGUCCUGCCUAAGUAUUAAGACACUCGAGUAACAAUUGAUGCCAAAGGAGAUGAUGUCCCUUCUGCUGUCACAACCUUGGUGGUGUUAAGCUAAUGAGUGUUUGUGUCUGUGUCUUCGGAUUCUGGUCCAGCUGUUUUCUGUUGUACUUUGGGGGUUUGGUAGCUGGAGUCCGCAAAUAAGAUAUCACUAUCCAAAUGUACUGUACUGGCACAGGGAGCACAGGCUUUGUUUUCCACUGUCGUAGAGAAAACUAGGGAGAACUUUAUUUUUCAAUAAACUUUUCUUGUGUGA